CCUCCUCGCUCCGGUUUCGUUUCCCCGCAGCUAUUCUAAGCUCAGCCCGCAUCGCCUCCUCUGCGAGCAAGUUGCGCGCCGCGGACCGCGGGUUCCACCAUGGCCGAUAACACAUACCUGGAUGAGCUACAGCUUCAAAACCUGAAGGCCCAGUACGAGGCUCAAAACGCUAGCGCAGUCGCCUCCAAAAUCCAAGAGAUGGUGGAUUGUGUGAAUGCACUUAAGAUCCAGGUCGGGUUCCUGGGAGAACGAGGCACCGGCGUGACCACAUUGGUCCAGGCUAUCGUGAAGAAGCCCCGCCCAGUGUCGGAUCCAUGGGCUUAUUUCCGGGAAGCUCCUCAACCCACAAAGCAGGCGGUUGUUCACAUCCAUCCCGCAUACCCCAACCUAACCUUGCACGACUUACCUGGCUUUGGAGGGUCCGAGAAGCCGGCCACUUACCUCAAAGGCUUGGGGGACUUGAGCAAGUAUGGCUGCUUUGUGGUCGUGGUAGGAUGUGAAGGCUUGAGGGACACCCACCUCCAGGUCCUCAAGGCCAUCAAGCAGACGGGGAGACCCUUCCUCUUGGCCCGCACCAAGAUUGACUUGGAUCUGCACACGGCUAAGAGACGGCUCCGCACCAGAUUCAACCCUGCCGAGCAGCUGGGGCUGGUCCGGAAGGGGCUGGCGGACACGUUGGCCAAGGACAAGACGGAUCCCAAGAAGCUUUUCCUGGUCUCCGGGCUGGAGCCGGAGAGAUACGAGUUUGCUCGUUUUGAAGACAGCCUGGAAGGAGAGGUGCUUACGCUGAAGAGGAAUCAUGACGGGAACCUGGAUGACUUGACAUCCGUGAGUGAGAAGAAGAUCAAGGAGUUGUACAAGAUUUGUGAGUCCAGAAGCUUGUCGGAAAUCCCAUCCGUGAUCCAUUCCGUGUUGGAGAACCCCACGGAAAUCCGGCUCAACGUAGCUGUGAUUGGUGAAGCUGGCUCGGGGAGAUCCUCGCUCAUCAACGCCCUGAGAGGGCUGGGCUCCAAGGAGGAAGAUGCAGCUCCCACUGGGUUGACUCAGACAACCAAGGAAGCUAUGGCCUACCAGCUGUCAACUGUUCCCUGCUUGUAUCUUUGGGACCUGCCAGGAGUGGGGGUGACAGAAGAGGAUGUGAGCCGCAUGGAUCUCAGCCGUUAUGAUUUCUUUCUGCUGGUGGCCUCAGAGCGCUAUAAGCAUGUCCACAGUUGCCUGGCCAGAGCCAUCUAUUCAACAGGAAAGCAGAUGUUCUUUGUGAGAAACAAAAUUGAUGUUGACGUGGAGGCUCGGCCUGGAAGCCAAUCAUUUACCAAAGACGAGCGGCAGGAGCGGGUGCGGAAGAGCUGCAUGGAAGCUCUGAAGAAGGAUGGGGUAGACGCCCCGCAGGUCUUUCUGGUCUCCUGCCACAUGCGCGACACCUAUGAUCUCGCCAGCCUCCAGGAGGCCCUCAAGAACAGCGCUCCAGAGUUGAAGAGGAAAGCACUGAAGAGAGCCAUCCCAACCGUUAUCUCCAGACUGGUGAGGCGGAAAGCCAAAAUGCUGAUGAAAGACGCGUGGGGGAAGGCCUUGCAGAUUUGCCUCUCCUUUGCGGAGAAUCCUCGUCCGGAUGAAGCUGAGAACGUGGCGGUCACCAUCGGCAUCUUCUGCGUAGACUUUGGCCUGGACGACGCAUCCUUGGAGCGCACCGCACAGGUCGUGGACAAGGCCGUCCCGCUGCUUCGGGCAGAAAUCCAAAGCGUCUUCACCAAGCCACUGAAUUCGGAGUACGUGUACAGCCUCAUCACCAAGCCGGUCUCACUAAUCACCUGGGUGCAGGGCUACGUGCCCUAUUGGGGAAGGAAUGUCAACGUGGAGCCUAAGAUCUCCUUUGAGUCCAUUUAUGGGUUGUUGAAGCAAGUUGUGGUGGAACUGUCAGAUGAUGCAGAAAGGGUGCUGCUGAGGGCGUACAUGGAGGACUAAAGAACAUUGAUGUGGAGGGUGCUAUAAUAGCAACAGCCCCAAUCCAGAAGAGGAUGAGUUGUCAAAGGACAAGAUGGGGCAAGGAUUCUUGAGUACAAUUCCAUGCCUUGGUGUUCAAAUAGAUGUUUGGUGGUGGAGAUCCAUCACUGUUGUUCUUUGCUCUUGGAAGGGUAGAUGAUGAUGCAACCACAACCUUUUAUCCCAAGAACUGUGAGAGUAGAGAACUUGGAUGCAGAACAGAGAUCCUGACCUCACUGAGAACCCGAUGGUUGCAGCUAUGCCACCAGCGUUCUGUAUCAGAGGGAGGCACAUGGCAGGUGUGGAUGGACCACACUGUUGUGUGUUCUUCACUGCUGUAUAAAAUCAAUGACAAGCACUCAGCUGCAGAUGUGAAUGUUGCUUCUUGAUAUCAGAGAUGGGCAUGAGCCACCGAUUCGGUGGUUUGCGCCUGUUUUUUUUGGGGGGGGCAAACAGGUGGUGUGGUGCUUCCCAGCCAACCACCUCCUCCAGAUGCCAGAGGCAGAAUCCCAGUUUCCUUGCCUCGCCUCCUCUGGGCACUGUCUCUGAGUAGACGCCCAUCAGAGGAGGUGGUUGCUUGUUCAGCCAAAAGAAUGAACCAGUGGUUUAUAUACCAUGGGCAAUGUCCUUUUUUUCCUUGCUUUUUCACCCAGAAAGAAUGAAGAGUUAGGCAUGCAAAGCCUAGCUAAGAUGGUCCAGGAAAUACAUUAAGGUUAUUGUCCCGUUUACUAGACAAGAGAUGCAGACCUAGAACUCCUGCCCCAUGUUUGCCUGACCUCAAAGAAGGCAUGCUUAAAAUGGGCAGCCUUUGUUUGCCUCUUGCUCUUGAUAAACGGCCACUGUGCAACAAUGAAAAAUAUCCAGUACACACAAUUUUUUUUUAGAUUUGUGUAGGUUAUGAU